CCGCCCGAGUCGGGGCGAAUCAGUUCCUCGGUUCCUGCCCCAAACUGCGGCAUGGAGUCGUCCCGGGGGCGGCCUGGGCCCGAGGCGGACCUUCUGGCUCUGGGGGAACAGCAAGCCGCGAUCUUCGGCGGCGGCCUGGGCCGAGCGCCCUCUGCGCCGCCCUCAGGCCUCCCGGUGUCCGGGCAGGAAGAGGCCGAGAACGUUGGGGGCGCGAGCCGCCACCCCGCGGCGUCCCCGAAGACUUCGAGCCGCGGCGCCGUCCACCGGGCCGAGCGGGAGGCUCGGGACUACGAGCCGGGCCGCGGAGGGACGCCGUCCGCGCCGGGGAGCCUCCGGGGGGCGCCGGGUCCCGAGCCCUACCCGCACGGGUCCUCUGGGCGCCAGGACCCUGAGCCGCCGGAGGACGAGCCUGCAUCCGAGAGGGGCUGCCGUCGAGGGAGCCCGGGAGGCAGCGGGAUGGAGGCUGAGCCGCGGGAGGAAGACGAGGAGGAGGAGGCGGCGGCGGCCGGCAGGGCUGGCCGCUCGUUCUCCAGCCGCCUUCAGGACAGCCGCAGCCUGGACGGGCUGAGCGGGGCGUGCGGCGGCGCCGGGUCCGCAGGGGGUGCCGAGCCUGGCGCGGGCGGCGGGCGCCGCGCCACCAUCUCCAGCCCCCUAGAGCUCGAGGGCACGGUGAGCCGCCAUGGCGACCUCACCCACUUCGUGGCCAACAACCUGCAACUCAAGAUUCGUCUGAGCGGCGCCCCUCCACCCCCGCCCCCUGCCCCGGCGCGGCCCUGUGCAGCGCCCGCGCCCACUCCGGCCAUCCCUCCCAUCGACCCCGACGUGCUGCGGGACCUGGAGCGGCUGAGUCGGGAGCUGGGCGGCAGGGUGGACCGUCUGCUGCGCGGGCUGGGUGGCGCGGUGCAGGAGCUGACCGCGCUGAGCGUGGGCUGCAUCCAGACCUACCGCGACGCCGUGGACUCCCUAGGCGAAGCGGUGGACAUGAGCAUCAAGGGCAUGUACACCCUGCUGGCGCGCUGUGAAGAGCUGGAGCGGGCUCUGCAGCCAGUUCAGGGGCUGGCGCGCCAAGUCCGGGAUAUCCGACGCACCCUGGAGGUGCUGGAGGCCUUGUGCAAGUGACCGGGAGGGCAGGAGUGGCCAAGCCAGGGCCCAGCAGGAUCCUAAGGACUCUUCAAGGAGCCCUGGUGGGAAAUGCCCGCUGAGGGGAGGCCUAUGUAUUGGAGGCUCUUCCAGACGCAUUUCGCAGGCCUGCGACCACUCGCUGGGCCUUAUUCAGGUGUAUAUGGGGAAGUUCUGAAGCCUCUCCUGGUGGGAGGGGAUGAUGCUCUGCUUCUGUUAAGUUGGCCAUCUGUAGCGACCUUGUUCUCAACCCUCUUCUCCAGCGAGAACACCAUCUCUGGGAACCCAGGGCUUUAGGUCUCGGCUUGGGAGACGUGACUGCCAUAUGCGGUCAAGAAAGGAGAACAGAAGAGGCUCCAGCCCCCAGUGUGGCCACCCUGACUCCACUGGCCACAUCUCAGGUGCCAGGGGCUGUGGGAGCUUGAGUGGUCCUUGGCCACAGGCCAUGCAGACAAGGAUGCACACCUGCAGAUGGAUAACCCCCUGCUUCUGCCCUCUGGCCCCCUACCAUCCCCCCUUCCCCAGCCAGAACUGGGGUGGAACUAGAAGGAAUGCAUUGCAUGGUAGAGGGGGUGAGGUGGGAGGGGUCUCACUGCUCUCAGGGUUCAGGCAGAAUUGUUGCUGGUUUUGAAGCCCACCUGUUGUGGCGUGUUCUAAUCAGUUUUGGCUUUCUGAGUUUUUGUGGAAUUAAAGUGCUGCUGC